AUCUCAACUCAACUCUUCUCUACUAAAUUAAAAGGAUGGAUUAUGUUCGUGUUGUUAAUUUUAUGAAAACAGAGAUCACUAUGAAACUGUUAUUAAUUUUAGCUAUUAUAUACCCCGUGUUCUCUACGGAUUUUUCAUACGAAGCUAGGAAAUUAGACAAUAAUAUUAUUGCUUCUAAAUUACGCCCGAAAAUGACUACUUCAUCUCCAAGAGUGAAGUUAUCAGAUACCCCUGAAUGUGCCGAUGAUAUCCGGCACAUAUGUCCAGCUAGUAUUUUAAACAACAAUUUUGCAGUGUUAGAUUGUUUACAAAAUGAUAAGCGGAGAGAAGAUGCAGAUUUAUCAUCUCAAUGUCAUCAUCUGAUUUGGACUUUUAAACGGAAUCUAACUUUAGAUACUAGAUUUGUUACUACAGCGAAACAUAUGUGCAAGAAGUUUAUCGAAAGUCAAAAGGAGUGUGUACCGUUGGAGAAUGUCAAAGGUCAUUUGUUAUCUUGUCUAAUGAAUGCUGCUGAAAAUGCUACAGAAGCAGAAUGUCGAGCAUUUUUAAAGAAGAUGGAAGCAAUUGUUUUUAGUGAUUAUCGUUUGAUAUACAAAUUUACAGAUGAGUGUCAGUCUGAUAUUGAAAAAUUUCAGUGUGGUCGUCUUGAAAUGGAUUCUGAGGAUCCUCAUUCUCAAGGAGAGACAAUAGAAUGUUUAUCUAAACAGUCAGAUAAACUGUCACCUCUCUGUAAGCAUGAAAUUCUCCGCAUAGCUGAACUCCAAGGAGAUGACUUCCACUUAGAUCGGCCGUUAUUCUUUGCAUGCCGGGAUGAUCGAGAAAGGUUCUGUGAAAAAGUGGAAGCUGGAGAAGGAAAAGUGUAUCGAUGUCUUAUGAGACACAAAAUGGAAAGAGAUAUGAGUCAAGAGUGUCGAGAAAAACUGUUUCAAAGAGAAAAACUUGUAGUUCAUGACUAUAAAAUCAGCAGAGGUCUUGCUAAAGCUUGCCGGGAAAAUAUAAAAAUCUAUCAUUGUAGAGAUGACACAUCUGAUCGGCGAGAAAUUCGAUUGGCACAAAUUUUGUUGUGCUUAGAAAAUGCAUUGCAUAAAGGAUAUCCUGUUGCUGGUGAAUGCCAGGCAGAAAUGCUGGAACAUCGUCAAACAUUAUUGGAAAACUAUCAGCUAACACCAGAACUUGCUGCUGCCUGCGAAAAAGAUGUCCAUACAUUUUGUGGUAGAAGACUUGAACUUGGUGGUAAAACUCUUCACUGCCUAAUGGAGCAUGCAAAACCUUCCAGAAUCGAUAGUGGUCGUAUUAGUGACUCUUGUCGUCGAGAGCUGGAAUCAUUAUUAAAGCAAAGUGAUGUGGGAGAAGAUUGGAGAGUAGAUCCGGUUUUACAAGAGGCCUGUCAACCAGUUGUAGAUGCUGUAUGUUCUCAUGAAAAACCAGGAGAAGGAAGGGUUAUGUCUUGCUUAAUGAAGCAUUUUGACUCAACACACAUGAGCUUAGAGUGCAAAGAGAAAUUACUUCAGAUUCAAUAUUUUGUAUCCAGGGAUUUUAAGCUAGAUCCUAUUUUAUAUAAACGCUGUCGAGCAGAUGCUGAAAAGCAUUGCCAUGCAAAAAAGAACUGGCAUGAUAAACCAUCCAGAAUGGAUCCAGAAAGAGGUCCAAUGGUACUGCCGUGUCUCUAUCGUUAUGCUUAUCAUCCAGAUAAAAAUGUUCAGUUAUCCAGAGAAUGUCUGUAUGAAGUUCGCCGUGUUAUGCGACAGCGAGCUGUGAGUGUGGAUCUGAUGCCUGAAAUUGAAGAGCCUUGCUUGUUGGAUCUCACCGAGCGCUGCAGUGAAAAUGUUGAAAAGGGAGAGGAAAUGAUGUGUCUUCAGAAGAGUUUAAAAGAUCUUUAUCCCGAUUGUCAAAAAGUAGUAGCUAAUUACACUGAAGAGGAGUCUGAACAUUUAGAGCUUAACUAUCCUUUGUUUUAUGCUUGCAGCACAAUACUUCAUAAGCAUUGUAAUGAUUUGCUGGCUAAAGAUGUUGACCAAGGUGACUUAAUACAAUGUUUAAUUUUGCAUAAAAAUGAGCCUGAAAUGAAAAUGAAUGCAAAAUGCAGAGUUUCUGUUGAACACUUUCAAUUGAUAUCUCUUAAGAACUAUAGGUUCAGCUAUAAAUUUAAAGAAGCCUGUAAAAAAGAUGUGUUACAUUUGUGUAAAAAUGUGAAAACAAAACCAGAAGUAAUAAGCUGCUUGAGUGGUAUUGUUACAAAUGAUACAGUUUUCGAAAAGACUCACCGAAUUUCAAGAGAAUGUCGCCAACAGCUGAAAAUUGAACAAUUUGAAAGAGAUGAAAGCAUCAAACUUGAUCCUGCCCUCAAUGAUGCUUGUAGUGAAGACCAAAAAACAUUUUGUAGCAAUGUUAGACAAGAAGAAGCUCAUAUGUUAGAAUGUUUAAAAAAUCAUCAAAAGUCUUUAUCAUCCGCAUGCCACAAGUCCAUUUUUAACCGGGAAAAAGAAGAAAUGGUAGAUAAUGCCAUUGAUUAUGCUCUCAUUACAACAUGCAAGCCUAUGAUAAAAAAGUACUGCUCUGAUACAGAUUUAUCCCAGAUUUUAGAUUGCCUAAGAGAAAAAAGAGAUGAUAAUGGCAUGGAUAGAACUUGUCGAAAAAUAAUUAUCAAAAGGAUGGUGGAGCAAAACUCUGACUAUAGAUUAAAUCCCCGAUUGAAACAAGCUUGUGUCAGAGAUAUCCCAAAAUUUUGUUCUACUGUGAUUGCUGAUCAUAAAGAUGGAGAAGAGUUUGAAGGAAAGGUAAUAAAUUGUUUGAAGCAGCAAUAUCGCAAAAACAAGAAACUUUCUCGUCUGUGUGAAAAUGAAAUAGUUCGAUUAAUGAGAGACGUUGCUCUGGAUUAUAAUUUGGAUCCUCAACUGGUACAAGCAUGUAGUUUUGACAUUCAAAAGAAAUGCUCAGAUGAACCAAAUAUUGAAGAAUGCUUAAAAAUAAAAUUUCAGAAAAAAGAACUGGAAAAAGCUGAUUGUAGAAGGGAAGUUGCACGUCUAAUAUUUGAAGGAAAAGCUGACAUACAAUCUGAUCCUUUAUUGUAUAGAGUCUGUAUAACAGAUAUUAAGCAUUUUUGCAGUGAAAUUCCAGCUGGUCAUGGUCGACAGUUGUCAUGCCUCCUUACAAUUCUGGAAGGAGAUCCUCCUUCUGCUGCUGCUUUAUCAGAAGAGUGCAAAACAAUGCUAUCCAAACGGGUUCAAAUGUUUGAGUACGCUGCACAAGUAGCUCCUGCUGAAUCUGUUGGAGAUCUUAUUCGCCAAGUUGCUAUCUCUCCAUCUAGAAACUAUAUCAUUGUAGUGAUAUUAGGUUGUCUAACUGGCAUAUUUGUUGGCGGACUUUUCUGUGGUCGAGUUACUAAACGAGUGACUGCUAUGGAAAAAAACAAGUGAAUUAUUUAUCUAGCUAGAUAAGUUUUUUUUAAAGCAGAACACAUUUUCCAAACUGUAUGUACAGCAUAAAUACAAUGAAUUUCUAGUUAAUUUUUUAUUUUUUUUUCAUCCUUUUUUUGGACAAAAGAUGGAUUUGACAAAAAUCAUACUUUCUUACCUAAGGCAACCACUCCGAACUGCCAUGAAAAGGUUUUGUAUAUACAAACUUAAACAAAAGUAUAUAUAUAUUGUUAAAUUUUGUUUAUUUAUAUGUGCUUGUGCAAUGAUUUGAAUUUUAUAAACGUGUAUAGUAUGUUCACCUUAUGUUCUAUUUUUCUUAUUUUAACUUGUACCAAAGAUGAAAAAGACUUAAAAUUAAAUUCUGACUAAUUUAACAUUCCUUUUAAUAUCUCAUGCUGAUAACUCUCAAUAGUUUUGUUUUGUCUCAGAAAUAUUACUCAAUCAGUAGUGUAUGCAGGAUUUUUUCGGUUUCUGAAUUUUUUAAUUUUUAUGUAUGUUUAGCUUAUUUGAAAGAUUACUGAAUAAAUAUACAGUAAUUAAUAAUUAACUUUAAUUAUUAAUAAUUAUUUCAAUAAGUAUAAGAGAGAAAUUAUUUUUUCUAUAAUUUUCAAUCACAUUUAAUGUCAUUUUCUGUAAUAGUUUAAUGUAUAUGCACUUAAAAAUUUGAUUUGAAGAAGAUCUCUGUUUAUAUGCGACAACUUUUAUUGUUAUCCAAUAAUCUUGAUUCUAUUGCAUAUCCAUCGCAUUUUUAUAUUGAUUUUUUAACUUUAAAGUAGGUUUUCUGUUAUUAUUGAUUUGAAAUAUUUAACAGGAUUUCUAUUAUUGAUUUGAAAUAUUUUAAAUCAGCAUUUAAAUUAUACAUAUUCUUGAUUUUUUUAAAAUAUAUAUAUAUUUGAUCUUACUAUUUUAAUUGUACUAUUUAAGUAUCUCCCAGUCACACGUAACUUCCCCAAAAUUGAUACAAAGUUUAAAAUCUAAUCACUGUUUUUAAAUAUGUGAUACAUUUCCCAAUGUUGGAUUCAAGUGCUGCGUUGUUUUCUGUUUUCAGAUUACUCAAUCUUUUAACUAUCUUAAUUUUUGGAUGUAAUGAUAGCACGACUGUUUUAUUCUUUAUCGACAUGCUUGAAAACAUUUGCAGAACUUAGUAAAAUAGAAUGUUUAUUCUUGGUCUAUUUUUUUUAAUCAAAUAAAAUGCAAAACUUUUCUCUCUAAUUUUUGGAAAAAAAGGAGGCUUGUUCCUCUAAUGUUAAAACUGGCAGAAAUAUGUGAGCAAAGGGGAAGGGUAUCAUGUUUGUUACUAAGAGACAAACGUAAUUUUUCGAUUCCUUCAGAGAUUAACGGAGAUUCAGGAUUUUCCUUAAGAAAUUUUUUUUUUGGAGAAGGUGUGCCUAGAGAAGAAAUGCCUAGUUUUCAAUUUUUUCAGUUAGUUGGACAAUUUGUAAAUCAACGUUUAGAUAAAUGGUGCUUUACUGUACCUCAUUUUUUUUUUUUU